AUGUUCCCUCAACGCAAUCUUCUCCGCCUGGCUCAGCGUUCCGCUCCAGUUCGCUCUGCCUUCCAGCGUCGGUUCAACAGCACCGACGGCAAGCUUCCCUGGAUGGUUGACAACCAGUUUAACCGAGAGCGAGCCAAUGUAAAGCACCACGCUGCUGCUACCAGCGAUCUCUGGCGCAAGCUCUCCAUCUAUGCCGUUAUUCCCUGCCUGAUUGCCGGCUCCGUCAAUGCCUACAACCUCUGGAAUGAGCACUGGGAGCACUGGGAGCACAUGCCUCCUCUUGAGGAGCGUGUCGAGUACCCCUACCAGAACAUCCGCGUGAAGAACUUCCCCUGGGGAGAUGGUGACAAGACCAUCUUUUGGAACAACAGCGUCAACUACCAUAACAAGGACAAGGCCACUUAA